AUGUUUAAAAAUGGGAAAAUUUUUCUACUAACUUACUUUAUUGUAGGCAUUAGCACAGCAUUGAGUAUUUUAUCAAUGGCUAAUGCUGGUCCAAAUACCAAUGGUAGUCAAUUUUUCAUCACUACAGUCAAGACUACAUGGUUAGAUGGUAAACAUGUUGUUUUUGGAUCUGUUACCGAAGGUAUGGAUGUGGUGAAAAAAUUAGAGAGUUAUGGAACUGAUACUGGAGAGACCAAAAAGAAAAUUGUUGUCGCUAAUUGUGGAGAAAUUUAAGGCUUUUUUACUCUUAUUCUGUUAUUAACAUUUUAAUUUAAAAAUAUGCUGAAUUGUAUGUUAACUUUAUUCAGGAAUUACAAACAUUCCAUCUUUUUUAUUAUUUUAUAAUUAAUUUUCUCCUAUUUUUAUUUUAAUCUUAUGUAUGGAUAUCUUGAAUUGUUUAGAAAAUUAUAACAAGCUGAUGAUAAUUUUUAGAUGAAGAAAAAAACCAUUAACAGUUAUUAACUAGUUCUCUUUGAUAUGUUUUUCAUCUAGUGUUACAACAGUGGCUAAAAAAAGAAUAAUAAAUAGCGAUUAAAAAAAA